GUUCCUCCAGUUUAACACGUGACUUAUAAUCAAGCCCGAAAACAUAAAUUUGUGUUACCCUAUUGAAAGUUCAUUCUUUCAUGUGCAGCAGAAAACCGAGGGUGCGACAAACGGGGGCGCAUUGAGAGAAAGUUUCGAGGACACGGAGCCUACAGAAUCUGUCUCUGGGAGGCCCGAGGUGACAGUCAUGUCAGGAGAGUGUCCCGGUGGCAGUGCGGGACGGCCCUUCACCAACCGGAACGGCCACAAACCGUGGUCCGUGGUCGCGCUGUCCGUACUGUGCUCCGCCGGGGCUGUGGCCGCGGUCGGCUGCUUCAGCGCGCUCAUCUACCCGAUACUGAAAGAGCUGCGGGUAGAGAGGGUGAAAGGAGAGGAUGGAACUGAAGAGAGGAUGUUGGGUGUCUGGAGUAUCCUGGUGCUGUCAGUAUUAGUAGGAUGUAUCUGCUGUGUCUUCUCAUGGACUCUCACCUACCUUGACUCGUAUCAGCCUGGUAUGGCGUUCCCAACACUGGCCAAUUUCAGAGAUGUAUCUGACCAUGAUUUCUACAUGAGUUAUGGUGUUGCGGUCCUUAAUGGCAUCAUGGGCAUGCUCACCGUCAUCUGGAGCCUCACCUGACAGACGCACAGGCAUGGGAGAACUGGGCCUAGAACCACACAAAGGCCUCUGAGAUGUUCUCCACAAUUCAGUUAAAAUAAAAGUCAAGAUAUUUAUGUUUGUAGGACUACUAGACACACAUUUGAGUUGAUUUUACCAACAUUUCCUGAGAAAGGGGCUGUGCGUGUGUACAAUUCAAACAUCAGUUUCUGCACUACACUGCGACUGUUUUGUAUCCAAACUGUUACACUGUCUACACAGGAUGCAUUUCAGCCAUGUUUUUAAGUAACGUCUUAUGCAAGUCAAGUCUGUUAGCAACAAAAAAAAAAUGUCAUGGUCCUGUGAUUGGACAGAAAUGGUCCAUGCACAGCAUUUACAUGUUUUGUUCUGUGAUGAGGGACAACUAUCUACAGACAUGCCUGGUUAAAGCCUUAAUACUUUACUUUAACUGUGGUGGAUAUGUUUAUGUUGAAAAACUAAAUUAAUACAGAAAUAAAUAAGCGAUAAGAGCUUCUUCAGUCUUGCUGUUUGUGCAGAAAAGACAAAUACGUUGAAUCUGAACAAUAGCAAGUAAGAACUCUAUUUAAAUGUCACUUUUCAAAACAACAUACAAGGUACUUUACAAAAACUGUUGCUAUAAUGUUACUGUACUGUAAGCCUGUAUAUAACCAACUCGGCAUACUUACCAAAUACAUAUAUGCUGUUCAUUCUGUA